AUGAUAUUUUCGGAUAAUGGUAGACAGUUUGUGUCGAAGAAAUUUGCUAAUUUUUGUAAGAACAAUGGAAUUAACCAUAGAACGUCAACUCCGUAUCAUCCAGCUAUUAACGGUCUAGCAGAGAAUGCAGUGGGCAAUUUUAAAAGAGGAUUAUUAAAAGCGUUAGCAGAUAAGCGAAAUGCGUCAGUUGAGUUUGUUGAAAGGGAAAAGGCUAGAGAGAAGCAGGUGCGAUAUUUUAAGGAAAAUAGAGAAAUUGAGUUUGAGCCAGGAAAAAUGGUAUAUGUGAGAGAUUAUAAGUGUCCAACGAAGCCAACUUGGCGUAAAGCGAUUAUUAAGAAUAAAUUAGGUGUUAGAACUUAUUUAUGUAGAACGUUAGAUGCAGAAGGAUUAGUAUGGAAAAGACAUACAGAUCAAAUUGUAAAGGCUGGAGAGUUUUAUAGUAAGGAAGAGGCCUAUUUGAUGCAAAAGGAAGAAGGAAAGGAUUUGAAAGAGUCGAAAAUUGUUAAAGAACCAGAAAGUGAGGGUAAACAGGUCGUAAUUCAGAAAGAAGACGAAGCGAAGAUUAGUAUUGCUAAGCGUAAAAUCGUGAGAGCCAUGCAAAACGUACAGGAUGAGCUUAAGGUAUUAAAGCAACGCCGCACGACACUAAAGUCGCAGUGCACGCGGUUUCAAACAUAUGUGGAUGCUGUGGACAUUCAGAGCGUUUCCAUCAUAGAGCUGCGUGCUCGUUUACAAAGGUUCACACCAUGUUGGAAUGAGUUCAACGGAAUUCAAGGUAGGAUCGAAGCGUUAGAUAAUAGCGAUCAAAGUGAGAUGAAUCAAGAGGAGGAAAGAGAAUCAUUCGAAGGCAAAUAUGACGAGUGUACAGCAUUCCGUAACAUGUUCCACAGUAUGAUUCAUCAGAAUGCUGCACUGCCAGAUGUUCAAAAGAUGCAGUAUUUGGUAUCGGCGCUAAAAGACGAGGCGUAUGACGUAAUUUCGUCACUCGAACCUUCCGCAGAAAAUUACAGGGAAGCGUGGCAAAUGCUCAAUGAGAGAUAUGACGAUCCUAGUUUGAUAAUCAGUAAGCAUGUAAAGGCGUUGUUUGAUCUUCCGCAUAUGAGUAAAGACAAUCAUGUUGUUUUGAGAAAGCUUUUGGAUACGGUGGUAAAGCACAUACGAGCGCUUAAGGCGUUGAAGAGGCCAAUAGAGCAUUGGGACGACCUAAUGUUACAUAUAGUUACAACUCGGUUAGAUCACGCAACUGCCAGAGAAUGGGAAACUACCAUAGAUAGAGGUAGUAUUCCCUCUUUCAAACAACUUAUAACAUUUUUAACUCAACGUUGCAGAGCAUUGGAAGCAUCAUCAAGAGAUCAGCAUUCAAAGAUAGCGAGUGAAAAGUCAUCGCAGAAUAAAAAGAUUGCAGCACACGUAGUUACCACGAAGAACGGCUGUGCGUAUUGCCACUUGGAAAAUCAUAGUAUUUACAAAUGUAAAGAUUUCUUAGCGCUUCAGGUGGAUCAGCGAAUAAAGGAGGCAAAGACUCGCAAGAUGUGCCUUAAUUGUCUAAAGAGCGCAUCAAGCCAAAGAUUGCUCAGCCGCGUAUCGGAAGCAGGUACAAAGCCUAGCGAAUCUAGCGAAGAAAAUUCGAAAACAGCUAGCAUAAGCUGUACGUCAGUGAAGGAAGCACAACAGGUUUUAUUAGCAACAGCGAUAAUCAAUGUGCAGGACGCUACAGGAAAAAUUAAAUCCGUCAGAGCCUUACUCGACAAUGGUUCACAGUCGUGCUUUAUUACAGGUAACUGUUGUAAGGAGCUGGGGCUUAAACUACAAUCAAUCAGUGUGCCGAUUUACGGAUUGGCUCAGCAGCAGACUCAAGUCAGAAAUUCAGCAAAAGUAAUGAUACAAUCUAGAAUCACUGGGUUCAAGAGGACAUUAGAUUGCUUGGUGAUCGAGAGAAUUACCCAGGAUCUACCUUGCAGUAUGGUGGAUAGAGUGGGCUUACACAUUCCGAAGAACAUUCCACUUGCGGACCCGCAAGUCGAUAAACCGUCGAGCAUCGACAUGCUGCUAGGAGCGGAAAUUUUCUUUGAGCUAUUGGCCGUCGGAACGAUUAAAUCAGCAAAAAGCCAGCCAACGUGGCAGAACACUCUCUUGGGUUGGAUCAUUUCAGGAAAUUGCACCAGUGCUAGCCAGCUAUCCAAGGGAUCUGUUUGCAGUAUAGCCACAACUGAUCCGUUGAAUAAAGCUCUCACAAAAUUUUGGCAAAUUGAAAGUUGCGAGAGAAAAGAUACACGAACUCCUGAGGAGUGCUCUUGUGAGGACCACUUCAUGAAAACUCACAAAAGGGAUCAACAUGGAAGAUUCGUCGUUUCGCUUCUAGUCAAAGAGCAUAUGAUGAAACGUUUAGGAAAUUCGAAAGAAAUCGCGAUCCAGAUAUUUAAGAGUCUGGAGCGACGAUUUAAGCGUGACCCACAGCUCAAGGUGGAGUACAGCAAAUUUAUACACGAAUAUUUAGCGCUUGGACACAUGCGCGAGUUCACUAAUUCAGUCGACAACGUUUGGCCACAUUUCUACAUGCCACAUCAUUGCGUCAUAAAAACUGCCAGCAGCACGAGCAAGUUGAGAAGAUGUAUCGGCAGAUCAAGAUGGAUGCUGAACAAACAUCAUUACAAAGAAUAG